AUGGGGCGGCUCAAAGAUUUUUGGAGCAUGACCUGGACCCAGGCGCGCGGAGAGGUCUCGGCGGAAUCAGUGGAAGCCUGCAAGAAGGCCCUGAAUGAGGUCGCCAUCUCCAUGCCCGACCAGACCUUCCACAGGCUUGCAGCAGUGCUUGCAGCCUUCUUAGACGGAGGAAGAUCCCCCAUGGGCGAGGAUGGCAAGCUGCAUGCCAUGCGCACCCGCAUGCCAGGAGCCGAAGGGAUCAUCGUUUCGACCAUGAUCACAGGCCCGAGCUACACCAAGUGUGAAGAUCAUCGGCACGACCUGGUCAUGGCCCACGGCACCGGCUUCGUCUCCGCGGUGGGCAUCGGGCUUCAUGGAGAGGUGUGCCCGAAUGACUCCAAGCCGGAGGAUUAUCCAAGUUUUGGAUUCAGUGGAAGGGGGUCGCUGGAGGCGCCAGAUCCUGGCACCAUUGAGGCGGCCUUUCAAAAAACGGCCGCCCACUCCAAAGGCCAACAGGGAGUCAUCUUCGUGUACCAGGGCGAGCUUGAGAAGCCUAGCAUACCCACACAACCAAAGGUGGGGUGGCGGUCAUGA